AUGAAAAGCACAAUCUGUAAGCAAAAUUAUCAAGCAAAAGUUGACUUCAAUGCAGUUAUCCCAGAAUUUAAGCAAAUAUUCAACCUAAAUUUGAAAAUAUUUAAGCUAAUAAGAAAACCACAAUCAGGUCCAGGGUUCCUCAUCAACUCCCACAGAGGAGCUGCCUUAGUGUCGGUCGCCUGCUUGGCGCCUGGACGAGCCGCUCAUUGCCUCCGUGUCAAACACCGGAGAAAGCUGCAACAACCACUUUUGGCUCUGACAGCCUCAGAAGUUCUUAAGUGCUACAGAGACUGUCAAGUUUCAAGUGAUGACAUGGCAAUCAUGUAUCGGGAGGCUCUCGAGGCUGUGGAACCACACCAAGGUAGGUCCGUUAAGCAGACCACUUCAACUGACGACGCCUAUGAAGUUUAUCCGACGCUUUCUAAUGCGAAAUCGCCAUUUAAGGUGAUGAGGGGAACUGGUGCAUGCCUACGUUUUCUCAUGUACGCGGAUAAACAAAGUGGCAUGCAUGUGACAGGUCACUAUAAGUCAUAG